UCCGACCACUGGGUGAUAAAAUUACAAAAUUACCCCCGACUUGUCGACCAAAAGUCUCCACUCCUCCUUAGUCAGCCAAACUCAUUCUCGUCCAAAAGCUUGUCCCUCACUUUCUGAGCAGCCAAACGCCGCCGAUAUUUUCAAAUUGCCAAUGGCCACAAUCAGUCUCCGGAAGAGCAACACUCGCCUUCCACCGGAGGUUAACCGAGUCCUCUACGUACGAAACCUCCCCUUCAAUAUAUCGAGCGAGGAGAUGUACGAUAUCUUCGGCAAGUACGGAGCUAUUCGCCAAAUACGGAUCGGCACCAACAAGGACACGCGAGGAACGGCUUUUGUAGUCUACGAGGAUAUCUACGACGCCAAAACGGCAGUGGAUCACUUGUCGGGUUUCAACGUGGCGAAUAGAUAUUUGAUCGUUUUGUACUAUCAGCAGGCCAAGAUGAGCAAGAAGUUUGAUCAGAAGAAGAAGGAGGAGGAGAUUGCUAAGAUGCAGGAGAAAUAUGGGGUUUCUACUAAAGAUAAGUAAACCCUUUUCAUUUCGAACGAAAACAAACAAAAAGAAGGUACUUUUGUAUUUGGGAAUUUUAGGGUUUUCUUGUUCCUUGGUUAAAUGUGGCGUACAUUUUGUUAUCGUUAGUAUUGCUUUAAUAUCGAUGUUAAUGGAUGCAUUAUAUGCUUUUGGCUUUGGGUUUGUGGACUUGUUUUGUUUGUUGUGAACUGUUGCAGAUUGUAAAUGAUGUGAUACUAAUUGGAAAAUUUAUUGAUUGAGUCUGUUUUGGAGCCCAAAGUAAAUAAGAGAUCAGGAUUCUUUGUUGA